AUGAGCGAAACCGCCCGGUUAAAAAGCACGGUGUACGUCGGCGGCCUCGAUCAAGCUGUGACAUCUCAAACGCUCACGGAAGCUUUCAUUCCUUUCGGAGAGGUCGUUCAUGUUUCACUACCGAAGCCAGACUUGCCCUCAUCCACAGACAACCAUCGAGGAUUUGGGUAUGUUGAAUUCGAGGUUCCACAAGACGCGAAAGAGGCCAUCGACAAUAUGGAUCAAAGUGAAUUAUAUGGUCGCAUAAUAAAGGUCGCGGCAGCAAAACCCCAACGGGAUGCGAACGAGGGUCUAGGAAGUAAAACAGCUGUUUGGGAGCAGGAGGGCUAUUUGGCAAAAUACGCCGUUAGCGAAGAAGACCGCCGAGUUGCUGAAGAAGCUCGAUUGGCGGCGAAUAGCCGCCCCGAAGAUCCAAUGCAAGGUCUCGAAGGGCUGGACGUUGCCGGCCCCAAACCAGAGUAA